GGUUCCACCCGUGCGAGGUUACCGAGCCGGGCCAAUGUGCUGCCCGCCCCGUCGUUUCCCGCGGUGCUCGGGAGGGGACGAGCCCGGCUCCCGGCGGGGCCGGGGCUGCGCGGGACCGGCCUCGGCCCUCGGGAGCCCGGCGCGGCCCGCCCCUUCCUCCGCGCCGCGCUGAGAGCCGGGAGCCGCCACCGCGCUCCGCCAUGCCGAAACACGAGUUCUUUGUGGACAUGACCUGCGAAGGCUGCUCCAAUGCGGUCACCCGUGUCCUGCACAGGCUGGGAGGUGUCCAGUUUGAUAUUGACCUGCCCAACAAGAAAGUAUGCAUCGACUCUGAGCACAAUGUUGACACCCUACUGGAAACCCUAAGGAAGACUGGAAAGAAUGCUUCCUACCUUGGGGAGAAGUCAGCUCAGUAGCCUUGCCUGGUGUGAGGAAGCUAGGAAUUCAAACAUGACUUCAGCAAAAAGAUGGCUUAACUGUUUGCAUAUCUUCCAACUUGCUCUGUCGUUUGACCUUUACUACCCUGCCAGUUGCCAGAAAGCAGAGGGCUGGCAGGAGGAGACAGCUGCAUCUUGGGGUUUAAAAGUGGAGAAAUCUAGAAGAGGAGGUUAUGUGCUGUUUCUAGUCCCACAGUAAAUCGAGGCUAUGCUUCUAUCUUUCAGUACA